CCGAUCUAGAAAUGGCCCGACCUAGUGGUUCGAACCGAUCGCUUGUUGCACACUUGCACUGACGUCCCACUCAAUUACAUUCCAGCUCCACCUCAUAAAACAUAAAUCCUCCAUAGAUCAUAUGCCACUGCAAAAACCCUAGUCUGUCUCUCAGAAAAUCUUCAGAAGAUUGCAGAAUCUGAAGCUGAUGGCAUUGCUAGUAGUGCUAAUCAGCUAUCAGAAUGUGCAUUGCUGAUUGACUCCACUCGGAAGUCAAAUAACUCUCGCCGGAGACCGUCUUGAGCUACUGUGGACAUCGACGGCGGUGCUGAAUCUGAGAAAUGCUCAACAUUUUUUUUUACUGAGAAUACAUUUAUAAGGUCUCCGAAGAUGAUUUUAAAUCCGGCGGAUAAUGAUGGUUGUGGAUCGGUUAAAGGCUUAACCGAGCAUUCCAGUUCGAUGCCGGAGACAGUCUUGAUAGGAACUAAAAGGAUGAGUCCGGAUACAAAUUGCGAAAAAUCAGACAAGUGCUCACCUAAACUUUCACCCGGGAGCAGCUCGACGUCGGAGAAGCGCAUGAGAAGUUCGAUUGGAAUGGAGGUCGACGGUACCGAAUCGGAUCCUUUGCCUCCGACAUUGAACGUAAGCAGUGAUUUUGUCUACAAUGCUGAUAUUUCUCCGGUGCCGUUGACCAUUGACGGAUCUAUUAUUACUCCCAAAAGCGCUUCUGAAAAUGGAAGCAUUCCAGGGGAAUGCAACGGCGCCGAAUCGGACACGUUGCCUCUGCUAUCAAACGGACUUGGCAGUGAUUUUGCCAAGACCGACGAUGACUCGCCGGUUCCGAUGACGAUUGACGCAUCUAUUAUUACCCCCCAAAGCGCUUCUCAAAAUAGAAGUUUUCCAGGAGAAAGCAACGGCACGGAAUCGGACGCGUUGCCUCUGACAUUGCAAACACUUGGCAGUGAUUUUGUCAACAAUGACGAUAAUUCACCGGUGCCGUUGACUAUCGACGCAUCUAUCAUCACUAGGAAAACCGCUUCUAAAAAUAGAAGUGUUCCACGAGAAGGAGUUGAGCUAAGGAGAUCACCUCGAGUAUCUUCAACCACGUUAAGCGUUGGGAGCCAAGUAACUAAAACUAAAUCUAGAUCGACCAAGUUGCAUGUUUCAGGGCACAAUAUGGCACUACAACUAAGUUCUGAAACUCGAUCUACUACUAGUAAGAAACAGAGAAAGCUAAAAACAGAAUCUUUUUUUGUUGGAGACCCAGUUCCUGAAGAUGAAGCUCAAGAAAAGUGGGGCUGGCGCUAUAAAUUGAAGGGUCAAAGACUCAAGGGACAGAGCUCGAUACUAAAUAUUGGUGGAGAUGAUGAAGUGCAUAUAGAUGUCUUAUGUCAUUACAUUCAAGCUAGUGUUGAUGGAUGCAUUUUCAAUCUUGGAGAUUGUGCACAUAUAAAGGGUGAGGGAAAGCAAAAACAUGUUGGCAGGAUUGUGGAGUUUUUCAAAACAUCUGAUGAUAAAAAUUACUUUAGAGUGCAGUGGUUUUUCAGAGCUGAAGAUACGGUUAUGAAAGAAGCUGCUGCUAUUCUAGACAAGAAGCGUUUAUUCGCCUCCACUUUAAUGAAUGACAACUUAUUAGACUGUAUACUUUCUAAAGUCAAAAUAAUAGAAAAAGCUCCUGGGUUAACCUCUAUUCAUCCAUUUGACUAUUAUUGUGACAUGGAGUAUUCUGUAAAAUAUUCAACAUUCCACUCCUUGCUUACUGCAAAAGAUAAUUCAGUAGCAAGAUGUGGUUUGACUUUGACCACACCAAGUAGUCUUGAUGCUAACAAUAUGGGCAUAAGUACAACUCCAUUAGACAUAGUUAAAAGUGACAUGCACAAAGCUGAGCUGGCAUUAUUAGAUCUGUAUGCUGGUUGUGGUGGAAUGUCUACUGGACUGUGUCUUGGUGCCAAACUUUCUGGUGUUAAACUUGUAACAAAAUGGGCAAUUGAUUAUCAGAAGUCCGCGUGUGACAGCUUGAAACAAAAUCAUCCAGAAACACAAGUUCGACAUAUAACGGCUGAAGAUUUCCUGCAAUUAUUGAAGGAAUGGGAAAAACUAUGCAAAAAAUACGUGUUUAAUGAUCAUGAUAUAAAAACUAAAUCUGAUGAUGAUAAAAAAUCCAGAAUCAAUGAAUCUUCUGUAGAGGAUGAUGAUGUUGCUCCUGGAGAGUAUGAAGUUUCAAGUCUUGUUGAUAUAUGUUAUGGAGAUCCCAGUAGUACAGGCCAGGAUGGGUUAAAGUUUAAGGUGAGAUGGAAGGGCUAUGGUCCAACUGAUGAUACAUGGGAGCUAAUUGAAGGAUUAAGUGAUUGCCAAGACCACAUACAAGAUUUUGUCAGACAUGGAUACGAGUCCAAGAUAUUGCCACUUCCAGGUGAUGUGGAUGUUAUAUGUGGAGGUCCUCCAUGUCAAGGGAUCAGUGGCUAUAAUCGGUUUAGAAACACGGAUAAUCCACUGACUGAUGAAAGAAAUCAGCAAAUAGUUGUCUUUUUUGACAUAGUAAAAUUCUUAAAACCUAAAUAUGUGUUGAUGGAAAAUGUUGCUGAUAUCUUAAGAUUUGAUAAAGGUUCUUUAGGAAGAUAUGCUUUAAGUCGUUUAAUUCAUAUGAAUUAUCAAGCAAGACUCGGGCUUAUGGCUGCUGGCUCUUAUGGUCUUCCACAAUUUAGGUUACGUGUUUUUAUAUGGGGUGCUCUUCCAACUCAGAGACUACCUCAAUUUCCACUUCCUACACAUGAAGUUAUUGUCAGAUACUUUCCUCCAGCUGAGUUUGAGCAACAUACAGUUGCUUAUGAUGAAGGGCAACCUAGAGAGCUUCAAGAAGCCAUUGUUCUUCGUGAUGCCAUCUCUGAUCUGCCACCUGUUACAAGCCAUGAAGAACGUGAAGAAAUCCCAUAUGAAAUGCCUCCACAAACAGAGUUCCAAAAGUAUAUAAGGUUAACAAAAGAUGAGUUUAAUGGUUAUGAUUCAAAAGGGGAUACAGAUUGCAAAAGCUCUGUUCUCACAGAUCAUCGAACAUAUAAAUUAUCUGAAGAUGAUUUUCAUCGAGUGUGUUAUGUUCCACACAGAAAGGGAGCAAGUUUCAGAGACUUCCCUGGAAUAAUUGUGAGCUCUGAUAAUGUGGUUCGCCUCAAUAAAAAAAUGGAACAAGUGUUGCUUCCAUCUGGGAAGCCAUUGAUACCAGAUUAUGUAUUCACCUUUGAAAAAGGAAGAUCUAGAAGGCCAUUUGCAAGAUUAUGGUGGGAUGAAAACGUGCCAACUGUCUUAACAAUCCCAAAUCUUCACAGCCAGAAAGCAUUACAUCCAGAGCAGGACAGAGUUCUGACUGUAAGAGAGUGUGCAAGGCUGCAAGGUUUUCCUGAUCAUUAUAGAUUUUGUGGCAAUGUUAAAGAAAGGUAUUGUCAGGUGGGAAAUGCUGUGGCUGUUUCUGUUUCAAAGACGUUAGGGUAUGCACUUGGAAUGGCUUUCAGGAAAUUAAGUGGAGAUGAGGCACUCAUGACUUUACCCCCUGGUUUUGCUUUCCAAGUACCAUCACCCCCACUUGAGGAGUUUUCUUCUCAGCUUUAGAAAAAAAAAAAAAACAUCAAUGAUUUCUUUAUAUGAGUAUCUGACACGUUUUCAUUGUUGUAAUUUAAUAAAUUAUAUAAAAUUUUACAAAUUGCAUGAUCGUUUGUUUGUUAAUCCAUUGCAAAGUCAAGUCGUAUGCGG